AACCCGGCCAAUUAAUAAUUUUCAAUGUCCGUGAAACACAUUUUUACUGCUCCCGACCCUGCCGAUCCUGAUGACAUUCCAAAUGUGCCUAUUUACGAUUUCUUGUACGAAAAAUUGUGUGAGAACAAGAAGCAAAAUUCAACCGAACCCUGGGUGGUUGACUCUAUAACAGGCGUGGAAGUCAGGUUUUGUGACAUCGAUCCGAUUUCUAAGAAAAUCGCCAGCGCCUUGACUCGCAUGGGAUUCAAAAAGGGCGACUUUUUGCAUUUUGUGACAUUUGAAUCGGCCAAGUUAUAUUUGGUGCAGUUAGCUGUGUGGCGACUCGGCGGGGCCGUCAGGGGAUCGUUCCAGAUGGAAUCGGCAGAUGAAUUCGCAAGGCAAAUUAGUGAAACCAAAGCUAGAUUUGCUUUAGUCGACGAUGAGACCCUGCCCCGGGUGCGAGAGGCAAUUGGAAAGGUGGACUGGAAAAUCGAAUUGAUCAUCUUCAGCAACCGCGCCAUCGAACAAGCAACCUCGGUAGAAACUUUGAUGCAAGAUGACGGAACUGCGUUCCCGUCAAAGAUUGAUAUCGACGUCAAUAGUGCGAUGUAUGUAGCGAACACGAGUGGAAGCACUGGACUACCAAAAGGAGUAGUGCAAACCUACAAAUCCACAGUCGCCUCUAUCUGCAAUCCAAAACACAAGUACUUCUUUAGGGAGACAGUCAUGACACCCAUGAACAACUUUCCUGUCGGCGUUUACACCAUCACAGCCGGAUCAAUGGCAUACGGAUGCAAGGUCGUUCAUCUCGGUAAAUUCGCGAGAGAAGAAUUUUUGGACCACCUUCUCAAGUACAAGCCAGGCACUGUACUUAUCUACCCGUUUAUUGCAAACUGGUUAGCACGCGAUGAAAGAUUGGACAAGGUAGACCUCAGCUUCCUGAAACUGCUUGUGUGCGGUGGAGCUAUAAUUGAUGCGACUACUAUGAGACUUUUGACCAAGAAAUUGCCAGCAAUCAGAGUAACACAGGUUUAUGGCAUGUCCGAGUCUACUACUCUGUCAAGCACAGAAGAACAGACGCAGGUUAGACUUAAGGAAAAUGAAGGAGAAUGGUGGGCUUCGACUGGAAAACUAACGCCUUUUGUUCAAGCGAUGAUUGUCGAUUUGACCACUGGAGAGAGUCUUGGUCCAAACAAGAAAGGCGAAGUCAAAAUACUGUCGCCCAUGACUAUGAAAGGCUACUUGUCCAAGGACUCUCCGACCCCUAUCACGCCCAACAUCGACUCGGAAGGGUGGCUCAGUACUGGGGACGUGGGAUUUUUUGAUGAGGAGGGAAAUUUGUACAUCACUGAGAGACUGAGCUUCGUUUUCAAAUAUUUUAUGUAUUUUGUCUCCCCCACCGAAAUCGAGUCAGUGUUGCAAAAACACGAAAAAGUUGUCGAGGCCGGCGUAGUGGGGGUGCCGCACCCUGAGAGCACAAACCUGGCCAGGGCGUAUGUCGUCAAGAAUGGCGAGGUUUCAGAUAGGGAUUUGAUCGACUUUGUGGCGCAAAGACUCCCAAGUUACAAGCAUCUUCACGGUGGAGUCGGAUUUGUGCAAAAAUUGCCGAUCGGACGGGCUGGAAAACUGGACAGGGCCGAACUAAAGAGGAUGGCUAUCGACGAAAAGUAAUGUUUCCUUUUUCUAUCAAAAAAAAUGUUUUUAAGACUUGAAUUGUUUAGUUGGCUUACUUAAACAAAAGCCUAUUAUUCCAGUGAUUUUUAUUUUUCCCUGUAUAAUAAACUAUUAUUUGAUUAACUUUAUCUGUCGGGAGAGAAAAGGGCAAAUAAAUUAUUGGACGUAUUUGAACUUUAUU